GGUUGACUCCUUGUGUUGCGGUUGGAACGAAGCGGCCGCGAUGGUCGCGUGGUAUUAAGUUGUUCGAAAUCCUUCCAAUGUGACCGUGAAGUGUUGAAAAGUUGAGAGUUGACACUGCCUAAAAAGCAAAACAAAUUGUCGUUUAUUGUGAUAAUUGUGCGCUGAUCGGAACUGGCUUGGCUAGCUCAAGAUCGCGAUCGUGAUACGCAGUGUAACUUUGCGACAUUCCGACUUCCUGCCUUUCGAACGGUUCCGCCAGAUAAAUCAAAACACAAUAAAACAUCGCGUUAGACCCUCGCUGCUGAUCUUGGUUCGGUGCUUCAUUCGUUCGGUGCAUAACUGGUGCAGCGUAUCGUGUGGUGUACAGAAAUCUGCAGGCUCCGAAUCCGCAGCGUACACAUUCCAUGUGGGAUCAGUGCGUACGUGAUUUUGAAACCGUUUUGCUACCAACACCGUGCUCAAGUGUGUUUUCGGUGGAGCCUUGCCUGGGGGUUAUCGCGUAUCUGUAAAACACCACGCGUUAAUGUGCCGAUAGGUGACUAUGGUGCUGGCUGUUAUGCAAACAACGCGCCACACACCAGCAAUGCAGCGAUCGUCGAGGAGCCACGGAGCCAGUGGUGUCCUGCUGGCUGUUUGGCAGCUGGUGCUGUUGUUAGUGGUCCUCCCGUACCAACCUGUGAUAGUGACGGCUGUGAUAAACACGCAACGAACGGUCGGACUUCGAUCGCUGGAAGCCGGAAAUGGUGACAAUCCUCUCGGCACGAUCGACGGAUUACAGUGGAACGAUAACUUUGAGCUGCAGGGCGAGAUAUGGCCGACGAUGCUCUGUCAUCGCACGAAACGAGAGCUGCCAUCGUCGGUGGUGAUGUCUUCCGGCAGUGCGAGCGACACCGACAAGCUAGCCGCCGAUCGGCGGCGCCAGCAUCAUCGCGAUCGUCUGCUCAUCCGGUACGACAUGGACGGUACCACGAUGACGCUCGAUCUACGGCUGAGCGAAAACAUCAUCGCACAGCAGUUCAAACUGGUACGGCAAUCGGCCGAGGGCGAGGAUAUCGUACUCCAAAACGACGGCGACGACGACAGCGGUCGGCCACAGGAGGUGGAGCUGUGUCAGUACGGCGGUACGGUUCCCGAGAUGCCCGGAUCUCGCGUUGCUCUCUCCACUUGCGACGGUAGAAUCGAGGGUGUGAUUUACGGGACGAACGAAACGUACCUCAUUCAGUACAACAACGCGACACAUCUACUGUACCGGCGACGACGGCGUAGCGUUCAUCAUGCAGCACUGGAAGAGAUGGACAGCAUCCCGACACGCCACCCAUCGGCGACCACCGGGAAGGAAAAGUUCGCCUUCAGUACCGGCUACCGAGAAAACGCCGAGUCACUGUUCGUCGAGCUGGCCAUGGUCGUCGACCGUAGUACGUUCUUGAAAUUCAGCUCGAACGAGCAGCGUAUCCACCGGCACUGUCUCUCGGUGGUGAACGUCCUGAACGAGCUGUACCGUCCACUAAACAUCUACAUAGUGCUGGUCGGUGUGGAGGUGUGGAACCAGCGCGACCGCAUCGAGUUAUCGCGCGAUUCCAAGCAAACACUCGCCAACUUCCUGGCGUACCGGCGGGAUACGCUGCUGCGAACCAUGCCGAACGACAAUGCCCAACUGCUGACGGCCGUUCGCUUCCCAAACAACGUGGUGGGAAAAGCGGAGCUCGGUUCAAUGUGUUCUUCGACCGGUUCCGGGGGGAUCGCGGUCGUGGAACACUUCGACGUGGCCCCGCUAGCGACCACGAUCGCGCACGAGCUGGGACACAACUUCAACAUCGAUCACGACACGGUGGAGGAGUGCGGAGGGGAAGCAGCCUGCCCAGGUCCGGGACCGUGCAUCAUGGCACCGAAGCUGCUCGAUUCGGCCGAUGUACCGAGCGUCUGGAGCAAGUGUAGCUUGGCGGAUUUGAAGGAAUCGCUCGAACACGGUCUCGGCGCCUGUCUGCGCAACAAACCCACUCGCCAGCAGGUCCGGGCGGAGUGUGGCAAUGGAUUGCUGGAACCGGGUGAACAGUGUGACUGUGGACGACCCGGCCAGUGCAACAAUGCUUGCUGCGAUCCAUCGACGUGUCGGUUACGCGGGAAUGCUACCUGUGCGACCGGCGCCUGCUGCGAUUUGGGGACAUGCCAACCCCGAAUGGCCGGCACCGAGUGUCGCCGAGCCGGCGGUGAGUGCGAUCUGGCCGAGUACUGCGACGGACAGAGUGAGCUGUGUCCGGCCGAUGUUUAUCUACGGGAUACGAGUCCGUGCGCCGGUGGCCAUGCGUACUGCUACCGAGGACAGUGCAACUCACGCGAUCGUCAAUGCCAGCUGCUGUGGGGUCCAACGGGUCGCUCGGGACCGAACGAGUGCUACCAGGCCAACGUCAACGGGACUGUGUUCGGUAACUGUGGCACCGAUCUGCUAGCGAAUCGGUCCGUGCCCUGUCCCGGGCACGAUGUACAAUGUGGACUGCUGCACUGUACGCACCAGAACGAGAAGCUCGAGUACGGGAAGGAAGCGUACGCGCAACGGACAACAACUCGGUACUCUUCGUGGGGACCGCGCGGUACCACGCGGCACGUCACUUGCAAUACGGCGAUCGUUGACUUCGGGCCAGAGGUGCGCAAUCCGGGCCUGGUGCCUGAUGGUGCCGAGUGUGGUAAGGGUAAGAUGUGCCAUGGCCAACGGUGCGUCGCUAUCAGUGCACUGCGGGAGCUUGACAUCGGAGAAGAAUGCCCGGGUGGUUGUGGUGGCCACGGAGUGUGUAACAGUGAAGGUCACUGUCACUGUGAGCCCGGAUUCGCUCCACCAUUCUGCGACCAACCGGGCGCUGGUGGUUCGAUCGACAGUGGACCGAUCGGUCGGACGCCAACGGUUUCGCACGAGGCGCUAGUGCAAGGCCUCAUCAUCGGUGGAACGAUCGGUGGUAUGCUGAUCGUCAGUGUGCUGGUGUUUGUGCUCGCACGCAACUUCCUGAUGGCACAGGUACGGCUCGCAUUGAAGCGAUUCCGGGAGCGCAAGUAUGGCCACAUCGUACCACCGGCUUCCCCCACUGGCCUUUCAGCCCCGCCGGCCAUAUACCCCACGACGGUGGACGGCAAGCGUCCACUGGCUAGUGGACGAUUGGCACCUCCAGCACCACCGCCCCCACCGCCACCACCACCAAUGCCAUCGACGGCGUUAUUGCUAGUGGCAGCAUCAUCGACGGUGACGUCACCGGCUGACCCCCAGGCUCAGUCACAGUCCUUCAUUAACGUUAACAUUAGUAAAAAUGGCAAAAUCACGAUCGAAAACAAACGCAUCAACUCACCGUUUCUGCAUCAGCAGCAUGUGCUCGAUACGCAGGAGGCGUUCCGGAUGAAGCUACAGGAGCGGUCGUACAGUGUCGAGAGCAACGUCUCGUCUGAGCGGCCACUCGUCACCGCCGAACUUCACUCCAGUACGCCCGAUGUGGCGCACUCUCCCGUCGAGCAACCGGGCUACGGUACCGUGCUCCACGAGCUAAAGCAAACCGACCGCAUCAACACCUUCCACAGUAAUCGUUCCAAGAGCGACGAACGACCGGCCCGGCAACUGCCCAAGUUGCCACGUCAGCACACGUUCGGUGAUUUCGAUACGAUCGAGCGGCUUCCGGAGGAGGAGCAGCAGCCUCAUCCCAAGAAGGGACCACUGCCAACCAAACCGAUCGCAAUACCGCGCCCAUCACCCCGGGUAGCCGUUAGUCCGGGACACGCGAAUCGAUUACUACCGACCGUACCGACCACCAAUGCGGUUGGCGGUCGGCCCGUCAUGGGUACAAAUGUGGCCGCACUGAAAGCCAAGCUGAAUCUCGCCGAAAUAGCCACGAAACGAUGAUCUUGUGCUCGGGAAAUUAUUUCCGAAAGCGAUGGAAUGGCAUACGGCUACAUAGCCCGCAACAUACUCCAUAGAGUGGCCAGGGUUUUUUUCACUUCGGAACCGGGAACCAACGCCCCCGUUAUAGCCUGCGAUAAUGGUCGACGUGGGAGAUAUACACCGAAAACGGCCGUACAAAGCAGUAUUCCAAAGGGGCUGCCUCAGGGUCAAAUGUAUUAAUCACACCGCGUAGCCUUUCGCGUACUUAUUAGACUGUUUUUAGGGCAAAUGCAAUUUAUACCUAUAAGAUUUAGUAGCACAGCGUGGCCUUAGUGCUAUCUAGCGAAGAAAAUAUAGCAUGGAUUUCUAGU